CACUACCUCAGAUCUUGUUAAUCAUUCGCCAAAACAAAGCCUAAGCUUUUCACACACAUUUCAUCAAACACCUUGUCUGCGUUAUUUUUUAACAUCAGUUCAAAUGGAUUUUCAUAGCCUCGCAAGAAGAGAUCUCCAGGCUCUUUGCAAGCUCAAUGCUAUUCCAGCUAAUAUGACUAAUGUUGCUAUGGCUGAUGCUCUCGCAGCUCUCGAUAUCGUUGAAGGGCUUGAAGAUUUUCUGAAUCGGUCACCAGAGAGGAAGGCGGUGACAGCAGCGAAGGUUCCUCGUACGGGGAGGAGGACUGCUACUCAGAGCAAACCAAUUGGAGAUGGAUCUGAGAGUGUGCAGCCGAUGACUAUGAGUACUAGGCGUUCCACAAGAAGAGGCAUUUCCGAUGAGAUCAUGGCUGAAUCAAUGACUCCUGCUAUUCGUAGCAGCAGAAAGACGGUGGAACCAGUGAAGGCUGAGAGUGAGAGAAUUGAGAAUGUAGAAAAGAAAGAUGUGAGUGAUUCUCCGGCUUUGGCUACGUAUAGCCGGAGAAAUCAGGUGGCGGCUCGCAAGAGUAGUGUGAAGGAAGUGAGUACGGUGCAGAGGGCUUACAGUACCAGGCGGUCUGCAAGGUUGACUGAAAACAUAACUGUUGAAGAGAAGGAAGAGAAGAUUAAUUCACUUGUUUCAGAGCUUUCGAGAAUUGAUCUGAAAGAUGGUUUGGAUAAUAAGAGCCUCUCUGAAGUAGUGUUGCAAGAGUCAGUUGAGAAAUCAAAUGGGCCUUCAGAAACCUUGAACAAUUUGAAAGACAAUGAGGCUUUAGAUGAGGUGAAUGCUGUUCAAGAAGACAGUACUAAGAGCUUGGUGAUUGAGAAUGAGAAAGACGUUGAUGCGUUAGAGGAAGUACUUGAAGAGUUUGAAGAAAAACCUAAGCAGCUUGUUGAAUCCCAGUUUGUUGCUGAUAGUGUGGUGAUUAAGAAUGAAAAUAAUGAGGUUCUUGAGUAUCCGGUGGACACUGAAAAUUCUUAUGAGGAAACAAAAUCUGACGAGGCUGCACCAGAAAGUGGACUGAAAGAAGAUGCUCAGGAAAUUGUAGCUGAUGAACUGAAAGAAAAGUCAGAACAGUGUUUUGAUACUCUUGAUGAUAAUUUGAUGAUUAAGGAUGAGGACAGUAAAGUUGAAAAGUCUUUGAUGGACUCUGACAAUACCCUUGAGCAAUUGGAUUUGGGGGCUGGCGAAGGCUAUGAAACCAACAAGAACUUGGAAUCAGAUGUUAAAGCUACUGCAGAGUUGUCAGAUGGUGGUGAUUCAUAUCUUGUUGAAGAGCAUAGGACUUAUUCUGAUGAGUCCAAAGAUGAAAUUCUCGAAAACAAUGAUCAUGCUGAUCUAACAGAAGACGAAAUGGAGACAGAAGAGGAGAUGGAUUCUGAGGCUGAAUCUAUGGGUGAAUCAGAAGUUGUUCAACAGGUCUCCUGUUUUGAGGAGUCCAAGGCUGAUAUUCUCAACAACAAUGAUGCUGAAGAAAUUGCUACUGGGACAGAAAUUAGGUCUGUUGCUCCCUUAGUUUCUUCUGGUGGAGCAGAAAGCAAGCCUGUUACAAAGACACUUGUUUCAGAUGACAAGGAAAACAUUGAUCGCAAUGGAAUAAAGUUUGAACUAACAAAAGAGGCAAAGAAAGACAAGAAAGAAACUGUUCCAGCUGCUAAUGAGUUGAAUGCAAAAAGUCUGAGGGAGUUGACAAAGAUGUUGAAAGAGAAGCUACAAAUUUCAAACAAUACCGAGGAGGAUAUUGGUAAGGUGACAAAGGAAAGACCAGCAUUGCAGAAGAUUGAAGAUAACUGCCAGUGGUAAAUUUGAGGAGUGGGCAUAAUGACUAGUUAUGAUAGGGUGUAAUCUCUGUUUUGCUCCUUUAAGUGAUGGUCAUCCCUCCGGCCUCCGCCUAAGAGUUUUGUGGCGUAGUUUGUUUUGUUUUCAGGGUCAUCCCGUGGAUAUUGGUUUCCCAUACAAAAUAAUGUAAUGUGUUAAUGCUAUUAAUACAUGGGAGAAACUGUUUGCUGGAGAAUA